AUGGUCUUUCCAUUUAUCGGCGCGUCUAUCGCGACGGGUAUCGGCACCCUGGCGGGCCUGUCGCUCGGACCUUACUUAUACUCAACUUUCAUCAAGCCAACAAGCUACCGCAUCCUACGCGAGGAGGUUGACCAUGACCACAAAAUCCCGGCACCGGACCCGGGCCUGCUCGUCAGGACCACGUAUCGCGACGCUCUGCCGCUGCUCGAGCCCUGGGUCACAGACCCCGACUAUGAACGGGUGUCCAUGAUUAACCGCCUACUGGCCACCGUAUGGCCCACCCUGACCAAGGCCAUCAUGGAUCUCGUAGUCCAGGGGGACAUGUACAACGCGGUCCUUUACCCGCAACUCAAGGCACAAGUGUUUGACAAGUAUGCGUUCGUUGAGGACAUCUUCUUGGGUCCGAACAGUCUGCGGCACGGCAAGGUGGACACCAAGAAGAACCCCUUCUUGGCGGACAAGGUCUUCACCGUGGGCCAGGUGGCCCCCCGACUGGGCGGGAUGAGGGUGGUGCCCACUGCGGACGACGAGGUGCUGCUGGAGACGUCGCUCAUAUGGGGGAGUGAGGCCAAGUUCGAUGUGCACGUGAUCCUGCGGUUCGGGCGGCUGCGGCUCAUUGUGCCUCUGCAGCUGUCCAACAUCAGCUUCAAGGUGUGCGAGCUUGGGGUGGGGUGGGCCGACGUCCGGGUGCUCAUCCGGCCGCUGGUGGAGAAGUUUCCGUGCCUUGGCGGCGUGAGUGUGUCGUUGCUGCGAGUGCCCGUGGUGGACUUCUCCUUGCAGCUGAUCAAGGGAGUCGACAUCAUGGCGCUGCCGUUCAUACCUCAAAUCGUACAUGCGGCCCUUAAAGUGGUUUUGGAGCCCGUCACCCUGCCCCUGCUGAACAAGCCGCUGGUUCCGGGGCUGGGCGUGGUGCUGCCCAACGCCCUCUCCUUCCCCAUCAUGCCCAAGUUCGGACUGCCCGAUCCCCCCGUGGGCGCCGUCAAGGUGACAGUUAAAAAGUUGGAGAACAUCAAGGGCGGUGACGACAUGUACUGCAAGCUGGAGGUCCGCAAGGGCCGGUACCAGCAGACCAGGACUGUGGACAACAACAAGAGCCCCGAAUACAACGAAGAGUUUGCGCUCAUUGUUGACUCUCUCGAGAACGACGUCCUGCGGCUGUCCGUGUACGAGGUGGAUGUGGGCUGGAGCGACACGCUGCUUGGGGAGGUGGUGGUGCCGUUCGGCGAGGUGGUGGGGACCAAGACGGACCCCGCCACGGGAAAGGAGGUCACGGACUUCAAGGCAAGUAGGGGGAUGGAGGGGCAGGCGGGGUCCGCCAGCUCUGCGGGCGCCAAGUCCAUGUCAGCUGCCACCGCCGGUGCGUCCCCCGCCAGCACACCCUCCCCCCCCAGCAAGCCCUCCAUCCUCACCCGCAUAUUCAGCCGCAAGAAGUCCAAGAAGGCGGCCACCGCAGAGGCGGCAGCAGCAGCAGCAGCGGGUGCGGUUUCCUCAGGCGGUGCAUCCGACACCGAAGGCGGUGAGGGCGCCAGGACCAGGGGGACCGCCGGGGCGCUGUCCAGCUCCCGCAGCGGCGGGAAUGGUGGAGGUAUUGGCGGUCCCGUAGGUCUACCCGAGGAGGGAGCCAAAAAGGACAAGGACAUAAUCGGACAUAUCCACUUCAAGAUCGAAUUCGUUCGCUUCAACAAACCCGAGUACGACGACGUGAAUGCGGAGAAGGAGGAGAAGUCCAAGACCCGCGACCCCUACCUGAGCAUGUUCCCGGGGCCCCCGGGCCGUACAUUGGCGCUGCUAGACGGGGCCGGAGGGGCCGGCAGCAGCUCCAAGCUGUCCCACGUUACCUGCCCCGUUCCCGCGGAUAACAAUCCCUACUAUCGCGGCGUGCUCACAGUCCAGCUCAUUCGCUGCAUUGAUCUGGCUCCGGAGGGGGCCAAGGACCUGGCCACCUAUGUGCGGAUGAUCGUGACCAACGACAAGAAGGACGAGAAGCAGGACUCACUGGGGCCAACGAGCAGCGUCAUCGUAAACGAGACCUCACCUCGUUGGGGUGACAAGUUUGACUUCGUGCUAAUUCCGUCCACCUCGGAGCUUCACAUCCACGUGCACAACAAGCCGGGGGUGCUGGGCAAUCUAGUGGGCUCGCUGCUGAGGAAGAAGGGCGAGGAGACUGACCCCAUAAUGGGCAAGGUGUUGAUCAAUGUCGAACAUGUGGCUCGAAACGGCCGCAUCAAGGAGACCUGGGCGCUGGAGGAUGCGGAGCGCGGGUACAUCGAGCUCAACCUCUCCUGGCAGACAUGUCACCUGUCCAGGGACCAGCAGCUGCAUUAA